CGAGUGGACGUGCGCGAUCGAUCUAACACCUAUAUAGCUCCCCAGUUCGAUAUCUGUUUAUAUAUAUUUAUAUAUAUAUAUAGUGUAUAUAUAGGGAGGUGGAGAGAUCUCCUCACAGAUCUUUCACCUGUCGCGGCGUUGUGCGUGAGGGUGCCGCCAUCAGGAGCACCAGUAAACGUGGCGCGAGUGUUGGAUAAAAUAUAUAUAUUGCCAUAUUUAAGAAAUCUUGAAAUCUGAUUGAAAGUGAAGACCAAGUGAAAGUCCUUUUAACGCCGCCGCCGCCGAGGCAUGCGAAUAAAUUUGCAAGAGUUACGCGAAACACCGACAAAUAGAAGAAAUCAAACCGAUCAGCAAAGUUAACAGACAAUUAAAGGGCCCCGCCCAAGGGCGCCUCGGAUACCUAAACAACCUCAGCCGGAAGUUCGUAGAAGAAGCAUCCCUUCGAACUUGAGCCAUGGAGCAAUUCGAGCAGCUGCUGACGUGCUGCGUCUGCCUGGACAGGUAUCGCAUCCCCAAGCUGCUGCCAUGCCAGCACUCCUUCUGCAUGGAGCCCUGCAUGGAGGGCCUGGUGGACUAUGUGCGGCGUCAGGUAAAAUGCCCCGAGUGCCGAGCCGAGCACAGGAUACCCUACAAUGGCGUCCAGGCCUUUCCCACGAAUGUCACCCUACAACGCUUUCUGGAACUGCAUAUCGAAAUCACCGGAGAACUGCCCGAUCCCACAUCAGGUCAAAUUAUGGAACGCUGUGGUGUUUGCUCGGAGAAGGCCUAUCUGUCCCACUGUGCGCACUGCGAAAAGAAGAUCUGCGAGGACUGCAAGAGCGCCCACAUGGACAUACUGCGGCGGGAGAUAACCCGAUUCAAUUCACAGAUCCGUCGCAGUUUGCACCGCUUGCAGGACUCUUUGGCCAUCAUUGAGAAGAACACGAUGAGCCUGCAGACGAAUGCCAUUAGUGUCACCGAUGAGAUCGAUGAGAUCUACAGGCGCAUCACCAAGGCCAUCAAGGAUCGGUCCGAUCAGCUGAAGGGCGAGAUCGAUCGCUACCUGGCCGUGGAGCUGCGUAACCUGACCACCCUCAAGGAGAACCUCGACCUGGAGAUCACGAAUAUCAGCAGCAACUGCGACAUCGUGGACAAGUACAUGAACGAGACCGUGGAGUGGGACGAUUGCGAGCUGAUGGACACCAAGGAGAUCUUCCUGAAGACGGUGGAGUUCCUGCGACACUUUGAGUACGAGAACAACGACUACAGUCGUCGCGUGCGGUUCCUGGUCUCCAUCGAUCCCAACCAGCUGGUGAUGAAUCUGGCCACCUUCGGGGACCUGAACAUAGCCCCGCACUCGACGCCCAGCGGCGGCAGUUCGGUGAGCAGUUCUCACCUGGCGCCGCCCAGUGCCCUGCAGCCGGGCCUGAUGCGCUCCAAGAGCGAUCACCGUCUGGCCACCCAGUUCAGGCAGCAGGAGGAGCGCGGCGGGUACAACGAUGAGCCCGUCCUGGGCGGUCGCAAGUUCGGCGAACGUCCGCAGCGCAGCGCCACCCAGGCCAAUAACGACCGCUAUGGCCGGUCGGGCGGGGACUAUGACUAUGAGAACGACUACGAGAACGAGGGCAGCUCGGGCAGGGCUGGCAAGUCCUCCCGCUUCCGGUCGCGCUUCGUGAGAUCCCACCAGAACGAUGACUCCGACAGCGAGCAGCUGCAGCAGCAGCAGCGCCAGCAGGAGCUCAAGGAGCGCAAGGAUCGGGUGCUGGACAGCGAGGAUGUGUCGCGUGGCCAGCUCAGUGGCAUCAUCCGGCUGAGCGACUGCUCGCGAGUGGUCCAGCGCCUGGCGGACAUUGGCAAGGAGAAGAAGGAGAAGAAAUCCGAUGCCGCAGCAGCCGCACAAGCGGCAGUCCAGGCCGCCAUUCAGGCCCAAAAGGCGGCCAUGCAGCGGCAGCAGCAGAAGAACCAGCAGGCGGCAGCCGACGAGGAGGCCGAGCUGGCCAAGAAGCGUAAGAAUGCCGCCGCUGCCUCGAUAGGAGCGACAGGAGCUGCCACAUCAGCGUCCUCAUCUUCGUCGGGAGCGACGGACUCUGCCAGCGAUCAGCGGGUGGCGUCCCUGAAGAGUCGCGGCGGCGAGGACAGCGAUGGAAGCUCUACUCAAGCGGCGUCUCCAGUGCGUAGUUCGAUGGCAGCGGCAACCCGGGCUGAGUCCCAGAAGCCGCCCGUCUCCGCUCAGGUGGCGGCCGUGAAGAAGACCCAGCGCUCCGGCAGCAGCGACAGCAGUGCCUCCACCGAGAGCUCGGCCAGUUCUGCAGCAGCCACAGCAGCGGCGGCAGCAGCAGCUACUGCUGCCACAUCGGCAGCACCUGGUGGCAGCAGCAGCAAGGCGGCCAGUUCGACGAGGAACUCCACGGCCCGGGAUGCCACGGCUGUGCCGGAGAAGAAGCCCUUCGUGAGCCGCUUCCUGCCGCAGCACAACAACACCAGCUCCUCGAACGGUUCGGCGGACAAGAAGAAGGCCGAGUCCAGCUCCAGCAGCGAGGAGGAGACUAGCUCCGAGUCCGAGUCGGAGUCGGAGCCGGAGACCAAGCCCAAAACGAGUGCGGCCAGUAGCUCGACGAACACCAAGUCGACGCCAAGCAGUGCCGCCAGUUCCACAACGACGGCUGCCUCCUCCGCUGGCAGCUCCUAUCGGGAUCGCCUGGAGGCCAGGCGGGCCUCACGCGACGACAGCUCCUCGACGGCAGCCGGAAGGAGCAGCUAUGCCACGCCCUCCAGCAGCGGCUACGGAAGCGGCACCACCAGCACCACCCGCUCCCGAGCGGUGCCAGCUCCCCACCAUGAGAGCGACGAUCGCUAUGGAAGCGGCACAGGCAGCAGCUACACAAGCCGCUUUCUAAACAAGAGCAAGAGCAGCGCCAUUGUAACGCAACCCUCGCUAUCCACGCCCACCGCCUCCUUCGAUGAGGAUGCCACCGGAACUGGCGACGAUUCGGACAGUCGCUAUGGCACCGGCCGAUCCCGUUAUUUGGCCAUGAAGGAGCGCAGGACGAGGCUGGCGCGCAGCCGCUCCUCGCACCAAUUCGGCAACGAGGACGACGACCUGGAUGAGCCGGUGUCCCCCACCACGGUCUCGCCGUCCGCUUACCUGGCCUCAAGGUACAGCGGCUAUGGAAGCAGUGACCUCGCAAGGAGUCGCUCCUCGCACGCACUCAAGUCGCGCGAUAACUCCCCCAUCACCGAUCGGGGGGCUGGAUCGUCGCGGUCCAGCGGCUUGGGCAGCAGCUCGGCCACCGACAGCAAGGAUGGCGAGGCCUUGAGCUCCUGGGCGCGGUACUUGAAAAACAAGUACGGCAACAAGAGCAGCAAGGACUCGGCCGGCGGCAGCAGUGGCAGCGGCAGCGCACGCGACACGCACACCGGAAGCGGAAGCUCCACUUCGACAGGGGCGUCGUCGCAUGCGUCGCACGGCUACGGCACGAGUGGCUCGAGUGGAUCCGGAACCGGACGUAGCACGGCCAGCGAAGUGUCCCGCAGGCUGAGCCUGGGCCUGCCCCUAAGGCAGGCCAACGAGCUGGCCUCCUCCGACGACGACGGGUCAAAAAACGGGCUAGGCUCCCCUACGUCCCCUACGGUAGCAGCAGCAGCGGCAGCAGCCGGUAUAGCCGGAGCGGCAGGUACUAUCCCUAAGCAGGUGUACUUGCGCAAGCGCCAGCAACUGUUCCAGCUGGGGGGCCGGGGGAGCGAGCCCGGAUCCUUCACAUGGCCGCGUGGCCUGGCCGUUGGCCCCGACAAUAGCAUCGUGUGCGCCGACUCCAGUAACCACCGCGUCCAGGUCUUCGACUCCAAUGGCAUAUUUGUCAAGGAGUUUGGCGAGUAUGGCAACGGCGAGGGUGAGUUCGAUUGCCUCGCCGGUGUGGCCGUUAACCGCAUCGGUCAGUACAUCAUAGCCGAUAGAUACAAUCAUCGCAUACAAGUGCUCGAUCCGCAAGGACGAUUCCUGCGCGCCUUCGGUUCGCAGGGCACCGCAGAUGGCAAAUUCAAUUAUCCUUGGGGCGUAACAACCGAUGCACUCGGCUUCAUUUACGUGUGCGAUAAGGAGAACCACAGAGUGCAGGUUUUCCAAUCCGAUGGCUCCUUCGUUGGCAAAUUCGGUUCCUGCGGCCGUGGCGAGGGACAACUUGAGCAUCCCCAUUAUAUAGCCGUAUCGAAUACGAAUCGUGUGAUUGUUUCCGACUCGAAUAACCACAGGAUUCAGAUUUUCGAUGUGAACGGCAAGGUCCUGUCCACCGUUGGCGGCGAGGGCUCCGACGACGGCCAGUUCAAGUUUCCGCGCGGCGUGGCCGUGGACGAUCAGGGCUAUAUAUUCGUGGCCGAUUCGGGCAACAAUCGCAUACAGAUCUUCAAUCCGGAUGGCAGCUUCCUGAAGACCUUCGGCUCCUGGGGCUCUGGCGAUUCGGAGUUCAAAGGACUCGAGGGCGUGGCUAUAAUGUCCAACGGAAAUAUCCUGGUGUGCGAUCGCGAAAACCACCGCGUUCAAGUCUUUUAAGAGCAGACGGAAGUUGCAUUAACUCUCUCAACUUGAUUUUGUCAUUAAUCAUUAACUUUAAUUAUUAUUUGUUAUCAAAGUGUCGAAACAAAAAUAUUGCAACUAAUUUCUAUGCCUAGAAAUUGUGUCAAUUAUUAGGAACGAAAAAAAUUGGAAAACAUUUUUUGUUAGAACGAAAAAAAGGAAACCUUUGAAUAAAAAAAAGCGAAAACUCGUCAGAGUUUGAGUGAAAGAAACA